UUUCGGGUUCCUCAUCUCAUCGUGACCUUUAGCGACCGCCUUAUACUCCAGUACCCCAGACUCAACUUUCACUCCACUCGAAGCCUGAUCCUUGCAAAUACCACACUGAGCGCCUGCCUACAUAAUAUUUUCACCUUAUAAACCUCCAAAAUGCGGCCAUUCAAAGACGAUAGGAAGCAGCGAGUGGAGCGGAGACCCAGCGGAAACAAGCAGUCAAUUUCGAGGAGCAUGUUCUCAGGCUCCUUCCCGGAACGUCUAAAAGAAGAUCACGAUGAUUCUCAAAUGGAUUACACAGCUCCACCUGGUGGCAGCCAGUCUGGAGACGGGUUGCAGUACAUGCAUCAAUCUUUAUUGUCUCUGAUUGCUGCCGUAGGUAGCCGCACCGAGUCCGGUGCGCGCAUCGACAGCUCUAGCGAUGGCGAGGAACACAUCGACAAAAAGUCCUCCUCGACGUUUGGGGAAUCGUCAAGUCAACAAAACACAACGCCGUCGGAAACGUCUGGAACUAAACAAGUAUCUUCGACCCCACAAACGAGAACUGGCUCGAAAGAACGUGGCCGCCGCCACCGGAGGUCCAUAUCAGACCAUAAGCUUUUUCGGCCUUUUAAGUUGGGAUCCGUCAAUCAGGACGAGGGACGUGAUGAGCCCUCAAUAAGCGGCAAGCUAUCCCCGUUCCCGGCUCUCCCUCGACCACGCAGCGCGACGCCCCGAGCCGCUCCUGUCUUGAGCCGCAUGGUUGAGGCGCGGGCGCUUUUAGAUACGGAGAGCCCGGAAGAUAGCCCCCAGUCCUCUUCACCAGAAGGGAAGAAUGAUGAUACUUCUCAACAACCCGCGGCGUCUCCACUUUCUCUACGAUUGAUGGAGAUGUUUCAUUUCGCUGCGCCCGAAAAGGUCGUCGUGGAAUACUCUUGCUACUUACUACAGAGCAUGCUUUUGCAGGGUUACAUGUAUGUGACUGACGGGCAUGUAUGCUUCUACGCCUAUCUUCCUAAAAAGUCCACGAUAGCCAUCAAGUCCGGCUAUGUUUAUAAGCGUGGCCGAAAGAAUCCUACAUACAAUCGCUACUGGUUUUCAUUGAAGAAAGACGUGCUUUCUUACUACGCCGACUCAUCCAAUCUUUACUUUCCCAGCGGCCAGAUUGAUUUGCGUUACGGAAUCUCUGCUUCUCUUACCGAAUCCAAAGAGAAAGGGAGAGACUCAAGAGACUUCCAGGUUACAACUGAUCAUCGAACAUACUACUUUAGAGCAGACAGUUCGGCGAACGCGAAGGAAUGGGUUAGAUCUUUGCAGAAAGUCAUUUUUAGGACGCACAAUGAGGGAGAAAGCAUCAAAAUCUCUUUUCCGAUUGAGAAGAUUUUGGACAUAGAAGAGAGCCCCAUGGCUGAAAUCGCCGAGACGUUCAAAUUACGUGUUGUUGACGAGGAAUCGUAUGCUAUUGAUGAGUAUUACUUCACCUUCUUCGAUUCAGGUCGCGACGCGUUCAACCUCCUGAGAGAUCUGAUUCGCGACACUCCGACAAAGGAUCCUUCGCCUAGCAAAUCUCCUUUGCCAGACCACACAGCUCACCCUAGGAGGUCCCGUGGGUCACAAAACAGGUGGUCUAUCACCAGUGGAGGUCCGUCACGACGGCGAAGUGCGAGCACCGGCGUUCUGAGUGCCGACGCUGGCACUGACAAGUCACCACGGAUGAAGCAGCAAGAUUCAUCAACUUCGUUUGUUAACUCCAUAGACCAGAUCACUGAGUCAUCAGCAGUAUUGCAGUCAAUGACGGACACAACGGAGUCAGCGAGUCAGAUACUUAACCGGAGCGACGUCUUCCAUUCUCCCACGAUACAAAAAUGGCAACGACGGACCUCUGAUGCGGCAAAACCUAACCGUCGCUGUUCAGACGAAAUGGCCAAAUCAAUAACAGAGCAUGCGCCUGAUGCACUGUCUCAAACGCGAGAAGACCUUUAUGCUGCUUAUAGCUCUGAGCAAGGCUCGAAGGAUGCUUCCAAGCUCUACUCUCCGGCCGCGUUGAACGACCUUGUUAAGGCCGGGUCUUACCCUCUUCAACGCGCUGCUGGGUUCGCAGAAUAUCUGAAGAGUCGUUCUAGGGAAAUGAGUACGUUAUUGGCAACUGAGUCCAUGGGCUAUAUUGAAAAGGUCUCCGGAAUGUGGGCUGGUGGCCGAAGGCACUAUGGAGACCUUGAAGGCGUCCUGCCAGAUGAUCGCGCAUUAUAUCCUGAAACUCCAGAGCAAAGUGUGAAAGAUGGUGACAGCUUCCGAGCUCAUUUUGCCCUCCCGCGGACAGAGAAACUUGAGGCAAUUUAUUUUGCCUAUCUGCACCGUGCACUCCCACUAUAUGGGAAGAUCUAUAUCAGCCAGAACAAGGUCUGCUUCCGCAGCCUUUUGCCGGGCACGCGAACAAAAAUGAUACUCCCACUUCGUGAUAUCGAAAACGUGGAGAAGGAAAAGGGAUUUCAAUUCGGGUAUCACGGGCUUGUCGUCGUCGUUAGAGGUUACGAAGAGCUGUUCUUUGAAUUCAACACCUCGGAUGCGCGUGAUGAUUGUGCCAUAACGGUAAUCCGGCAGCUAGAGCCUGUCAAGCUUUUGGCCGAGUCAGGAUUGUUAUCGCAGCAGGAGAGUGAUGAGUCGGAGGGUGCACAAAUAGAACACCGAAUGCUCGAAGAAGCCCGCUUGAAUGCCUCGACCGAGCAAACACUUCGUUCGCAGCUCAGCGAAUCUUCAGAGCUUCGUUCUAUCUUUGAUGACCCUCGCGCUUCCAUCGUUGAUUUCAAGCCACCUGAGCCUUUGACGAUCACAUGCCUGACUAUUGGUUCACGUGGCGAUGUGCAGCCAUAUAUUGCUCUAUGCAAAGGUCUGCUUGCGGAGGGACAUAAAGCCAGGAUCGCAACUCAUGCGGAAUUCGAGCCGUGGGUCCGGAAGCAUGGCAUUGAUUUCGCUCCUGUUGAUGGCGAUCCGGCUGAGCUUAUGCGGCUGUGCGUGGAGAACGGAAUGUUCACUCUCUCUUUUCUGAGAGAGGCAACCGCGAAGUUUCGAGGUUGGAUCGAUGACCUUCUGUUGUCUGCAUGGACGGCCUGCCAGGGUAGUGAUCUUAUCAUUGAAUCUCCGAGUGCCAUGGCAGGAAUCCAUGUUGCGGAGGCUCUCAGGAUCCCAUAUUUCCGUGGCUUCACCAUGCCAUGGUCAAGGACACGAGCAUACCCUCAUGCAUUUGCGGUACCUGAACAUAAGAUGGGUGGUGCGUACAACUACAUCACGUAUGUGAUGUUCGAAAAUGUCUUCUGGAAGGCCAUUUCUGGGCAAGUGAAUCGUUGGAGAAUGAACGAGCUAGGACUCAAGGCCACGAGCCUAGACAAGAUGCAGCCCAACAAGGUCCCAUUUAUCUACAAUUUCUCCCCUUCAGUUGUGCCUCCACCUCUAGACUUCCCAGACUGGGUUCGGAUCACCGGUUAUUGGUUCCUCAGCGAAAGUUCCGACUGGACUCCUCCAACAGAGCUCGCAGAGUUUAUCCAGCGCGCUCGAGAUGACGGGAAGAAGAUCGUCUAUAUAGGCUUCGGGUCUAUUGUUGUAUCAGACCCCUCUGCCCUGACACGGACAGUUGUCGAGUCAGUUCUGAAAGCAGAUGUUCGCUGCAUCCUAUCCAAAGGAUGGUCAUCCCGCCUAGGCGAUCCAGCUAGCACGAAGUCAGAAAUCCCACUGCCUCCUGAAAUUCACCAGAUCCAAUCCGCUCCCCAUGACUGGCUAUUCUCGCAAAUCGACGCCGCAGUACACCACGGUGGUGCCGGAACAACCGGGGCAAGUCUUCGUGCUGGCGUACCAACCAUUGCCAAGCCCUUCUUUGGCGACCAAUUCUUCUUUGGUAACCGGAUCGAAGAUCUCGGGGUUGGUAUAUGCAUGAAGAAGCUAAACGUCAGCAUUUUCUCUCGUGCACUAUGGACGACUACCCAUGAUGAGCGUAUGAUUGUGAGAGCAAGGCAGCUCGGGGAGAGAAUACGGAGUGAGGAUGGUGUGGCCACUGCUAUUCAAGCGAUAUAUCGUGAUCUCGAAUACGCAACAACUCUAACUCGACAGCGAUCCAGUAUUUCGUCUACGCCGUUCUCACCCACGCCCACAACAAAGACGGCGGACGAGGACGCGGACGAUGAUAUCGGCGACAUUACAGAGUGGACUCUUGUUAGCGACGAUGACGAUAUAAGUUUUACGAAGCGAGUGCGAGAUAGAGCGGUGUCAGGUGCUGACAAUCACCCUGAACGGCUUUUCCUGGGUGAUUGAACUUUACAUUCCCCAGGACUCUAUCCUUUUACGAUUUACGAUUACUUUGACAUAUUCAUGACUUCUUUAAUUUGAGUUACGAUCUUCUUUUUUCUAUCUAAUCAUUUUCAUUCCCGUCACGAAUUUGUAUGAUGUCUCUGUU